AAACAGUCAAUCAAAGUUAAAAAUAUAUACGUUUCAUAACUAUGAUUCUCUAAAUUUAAAUUUCAUUGACAAUACCUACAAUGAUAUGCCAUCACUUUUUUCUUUCCUAAUCGGUAGUUGUGUCCAACACCAUGCUAAUAUCAUGACUCAUGAGCACACUAAACUUCUUUUGCGAGUCAUGCAAUUCAAUAAUCUAAGAAAAUAUAUAGUAGCAAUAGAAAUGGAAUCAGAAAUCAAAUUAUCUGAUUUCAAGUUUAUAUUUUCGACCGUUUCAAGUUUUUGUUUAGGCAUAAACCUUUGCAUAUAACAGUUAUAAGUUUCAGACAGAUCUUGAGUUUAUACAUUAAUUGAAUAUUUGUAUUUAACGGUCCAACUUAAGUUAUACCAGAACCAUCCAUUCAUAAUAAAAGAUGCUUCAUAUUUUGGACACCAUAUAUAUGUUAUUAUCUGCUGAGACCAAAACUUACUAAAUGAUGAGAAUAAAGGUAAUGAGACGUUGGAGAAGUUAGGAUCGAUUGGAGUAUCAGCAAAUUUUAUGUUGUAUUUGAGGAAUGUGUUUCACAUGGAGCCAGUAGAAGCUUUUAACGUAUACUACUUGUGGAUGGGUCUCACUAACUUUGCUCCACUCCUCGGCGCAUUAAUCUCCGACGCCUACAUUGGCCGUUUCAAGACCAUCGCUUACGCAUCCCUCUUCUCAAUUCUAGGACUAAUGACGGUGACACUCACCGCCUGCCUGCCUCAACUCCACCCACCACCGUGCAACAACCCUCAUCCAGACGAAUGCGACGAUCCGAACAAGCUCCAGCUCGGGAUUCUAUUCCUCGGUCUCGGCUUUCUCUCCAUCGGUAGCGGCGGAAUCCGGCCUUGCAGCAUUCCAUUCGGAGUUGAUCAGUUUGACCAACGAACAGAGCAAGGCCUUAAAGGAGUGGCCAGUUUCUUUAAUUGGUACUACUUGACCUUAACUAUGGUUCUCAUCUUUUCGCAUACCGUUGUGGUCUACUUACAGACUGUCAGUUGGGUCAUCGGGUUUAGCAUCCCGACUAGUUUAAUGGCUUGUGCAGUGGUUCUGUUCUUUGUCGGUAUGCGGUUUUACGUAUAUGUCAAACCGGAAGGUAGUGUAUUCUCUGGUAUUGCUCGGGUCAUCGUGGCAGCUCGUAAGAAACGGGACCUCAAAAUUUCGCUUGUGGACGAUGGGACUGAGGAGUAUUAUGAGCCGCCGGUGAAACCUGGCGUGUUAUCCAAGUUACCUCUUACUGACCAAUUCAAGUUUCUGGACAAAGCUGCGGUGAUACUAGACGGUGAUCUUACAUCUGAAGGAGUUCCGGCAAAUAAGUGGCGGCUAUGUAGCAUCCAAGAAGUUGAAGAGGUCAAGUGCCUGAUCAGAGUUGUUCCGGUUUGGUCUGCUGGAAUAAUUUCAAUCGUUGCAAUGACCACGCAAGCAACUUUCAUGGUCUUUCAAGCUACAAAAAUGGAUCGACACAUGGGUCCACACUUUGAGAUCCCGGCCGCCUCCAUAACCGUCAUUUCUUACAUCACUAUAGGCAUUUGGGUGCCUAUCUACGAACACCUCUUAGUCCCGUUCCUUUGGCGAAUGAGAAAGUUCAGGGUCACUCUCCUUCAACGGAUGGGGAUAGGGAUCGUCUUCGCCAUUCUCUCCAUGUUCACUGCAGGGUUUGUAGAGGGAGUGAGGCGGACACGGGCUACUGAAAUGACUCAAAUGUCGGUGUUUUGGCUGGCUUUGCCACUGAUUCUGAUGGGGCUCUGCGAGUCAUUUAAUUUCAUUGGACUGAUCGAGUUCUUCAACAGUCAGUUUCCAGAGCACAUGAGAAGCAUAGCGAAUUCGCUAUUUCCACUCUCAUUUGCUGCAGCUAAUUAUCUGAGCAGUCUGCUGGUGACCACCGUGCAUAAAGUCUCAGGCACAAAAGACCACCCUGACUGGCUGAACAAGGACCUUGAUAGAGGGAAGUUGGACUACUUCUACUAUCUGAUUGCCGUUUUGGGUGUGGUUAACCUUGUGUAUUUCUGGUACUGUGCCCAUAGAUACCAGUAUAAAGCCGGUUCGCAAAUUGAAGAUUUCAAUGAGGAGAAGUCUCUUCUAGACAUCGAACCAAACCAGAGACACGAUCAAUCUCCAAGUUAGGAUCCGUAUGCUAAUUAUUCCUGCUGUUUGAAUAUCUUAUAAUAUUAUUUAACUAUCGCUUUCAUGGAAAAAAGAUCAAUAGUUGACAUGUCGAAGACGAUAAAAUUGAUGGCCAC